AGCCCAUAAGUCCAUAAGCCUUAACAGCCAGCAAGCACAUUUUUGUGGAGCAACAAGUGGCCGCUGCAGCCGAGACGGAACUACCAACUUUAUGUGCGUGUGUGUUUGUGCGACUAUUGAGUGGUAGUUUGGCUUAUGCACUCAAAUGCCAUACAAUUUUUACGUCAAGGCUGUUCGGUCGCUGCAUAGACGCUGUUAACUUAAUGUGAACGCCAGCCGAAGAAACGAGACACAAGUUCGUUGCCGAAACGCGAUGGACGAAUUAUAUUUCUGCAAAGCGAAUAGCAGCGACACGACAGUCGCGCUGUUAUUAAGUUCCACCUAAGACGUUCGAUCCAUUUGAAUACAGUCUAAGAAAAGUGCUCGUGUGAACAGCACCGAACGGCGGUGUUGACGGUGUUUUAAGACGUUACUUGGUUGGAAUAUAUUUCAGAAGUUUGUUGGCCAACGUUGGAAAACAGCUGUGUGGCAGCAACGAAUUCGCAACAAAAGUGUAAAUAAAAUCAAAAGUUGAAAUAAAAAAUAAAAAGCAAAAACAAAAACGCUAACGAAAAUAAAAGCAAAGUGCGCAAGUUGUGUGUUGUAAUCCAAAGUAAAGCAAUGAGAGUCAGCGCGCGUUGCGAGCAGUGAGCGUUAAUAUUUGUAAAUAAAACGUGGCAUUGCAACAACAGUGUAGCAGAAACAAAAACAAAAAAAAAAAUAAAUAAAUUUAAUCAAAAAUUGCAAAAUCUACACGCGGCUUAGCUUUGCGUCAGUGUGUGGAAAAUCUGAAGCGAACCAAUAUCAAACAAAGAAAACUAAAUUAAAACGCAACGAAAGCGAGUAAGUGCAACAGAUAAAAACGUCAGCAGUGAAAAAAGGUAAAACGUGAAAUUACUGAAUUCAGCGUCAAACGCGGAACGCCGAGUUUAACUGUCCACUCAGCGCGUGUGUAAGACCGUUGCUUACCGAUUGCUCGUUAAAUUUCGGCAUGAACUGGAAUCAUACUAAAUUAUAAAUAAAAUCAACCAAACAACAACAUAAACAACCACAAACAACUACCAAGCAACCAAACUAGCAAUUUACGGUGUCGUUUUAUUGCGACAUUUCGCAUUGCUGUGGGGCGUUCACAGCUUGCAUUUGAUUACUUUUUCGGCAAUUAUCCGCCUUUGGAACUAUUCAUUGAUAGAAAAUUACAAAUAAAAUGGGUUUAUCGCGUGGAUUUGUGGUGCCAUUAUGGUACUUGGCGUGCAUUUGCUUCAUCAUUCAAACAGCCACCAACGUUCAGGCACAGUCGCAGCAGAAACGUUCAUCGCGCAUCACGAGCUCUCGCAGCUUCGGCACCAAUGUCAAAGCGUCCGCCUCGAAUGGCAUAAAUUUCGAUUGCCCCGAAGAGUUUGGCUAUUACCCGCACCCGACCGAUUGUACACAGUACUAUGUGUGUGUAUUCGGCGGUGCUUUGCUCGAGAGCUGCACCGGUGGACUGAUGUAUUCGCACGAGCUGCAGACCUGUGACUGGCCACGAAAUGUGGGUUGUGAAGUUGUGGACAGCGGUGCAGGGUCCCUAGGCAGCAGCGGCAAUGGUGGCGGCACACGUGCAGGCAAACAACAACAGCAGUCUAUUAAUAGUCAGCAUGUGCCAAGUCGCAUAAGAUUCGGUUCGGCCUUUAGCAGCCCAGCGGCGACCACACAACCACCGAAGGCGACAGUACCACCACAAUAUCAUCGUCAGCCACCGCAAGUUAUUCAGGCGCAGGUGCAGUCAUUGCCACAGCAUGCGGGUACAGUGAUCGGAACACGUGGACAACCGAAGCCAUUCGAUACACAAGAGGAUAUAGCUAAGCUUUACGCCGACGCGCAUGAGACGCUGCCACCCGUCGAGGAGGAGGAGAGCGAUCGUCAGCAACGCGUCUACCGCGGGCAGCCAAGCACAGUGAGUCAGGUGCAGCGCGACCGGGAUGGCAUUAUACACCAGGCAAGCAUCAAUGCUAUACCGAAUCAUGGCAAGAUCGGUUCGUACACUUACGGCUCUCAAUAUAGCCCUAAACACAUUGACCUCAACUUACACAGCAAUGAUCUUGAUAUCGAACAGUUACUAGAAGAAAACGACUUAAGAGCCUUUGACUUGGAGGCAUAUGGACGUAUGAGUAGAGACUUGAACUCAAAAGAAACUGCGCAUAAGCGCGUCAAACGUGACUUGAAUCCACCAAGCAACGAUGACACGAAAAUUGUAUUCAACACUGGUGAGAUUUUAAAGACUGAUGAGCAACCAAAGACAUUAGGCGAACCACGCGUACUGGAAUAUAAUACUGGUGAAAUUUUAAAGACUGAAGAAAACCUAAAAACGUUGGAGAAACCAAACGUCGUUGGAUACUUAAACACGGACGAAAUACUUCCGGAAACCGUAUUAAACCCGCAACUGAAUGAGCACGGAGAAAUGGCCGAACAUGCACAGAUAGAAGCCGCUAACAAACAAGUCUCAGAAGAAAACGUACAUGAGAAGUUUAUGCAAGCCAAUUUGGAGCCUGAAGACAAUAUGCAAGAUUCUGUGAUGGAAAUAGUAGCAAAAAUACUGGAAGAACUGAAGGGUGGUGGGGGGCAAGUAGAGAAAACGAUCGAUUCGAGUAACACUGCAGCGCAGAUGGACGAAGCCAAUGGUGUGCGCGCUGAAGCCGCGAUCAGCAACAAGCGCAUUGAUGAACCCUACAUAGCGAUGGAUACCGCAGCAACCAAUCCAAUACCUGAUACGGCUGCAGAUCCCAUUAUGGAGACUUUAAACAGCAUAGCAGAACUACUCGAUAUGGAUUACGACAGCGACAUCAAUGAUACUGCAACCGCCGAGGCACGUCAGCGUGGUACACGCCAAUUGCGUCAGUUUUUCAAUGGACGCUCGCGAUUCCAAAUACAAAAUGUACCCGGCACACAUUAUCGCUCAAUUGAUGGUGUUGCAUACCAGCCACAACCACAACAGUCGAGUUUUAAUUUCGGUUCAUAUAACCCGUACUUGUCACCGUCAACGACCUCGGCCAAUUAUAACCAACUGAGUCCGGGUUAUCAAGUGUAUCCACAGCAACACCGUCCACAAAUUUUUGGUGGACAGAAACAAAAAUUCACCUAUACAGCGGCACUAAAUCCACCACCGCCACCAACACGCAUAGAGGAUGACUUCCGUCCAAUGGCGGCUAAUUACUAUCACACCACUUCCACACUACGUCCAUCAACGUUAUCCGCCAGACGUCCAAAUCUCUUUAACAAUCCCGAAUUGAUACCCUACAUAUUACAGUCACUGCGCGAGUACCAGGAGCAGCGCAAGAAGAUGCAGCAAGAGAAUUUCCAAUACUUCCAUUUAGAUAAUCAGCCCGGCUCGGAAUCGGAAACCACUGGUGCAUUGCCACAUGUUAGCACGACGGUGGCGCAAACGCCCUAUUUUCAGUCCACCAGAGCACCGUCUAAAGUCACACCCAACUCACAUUAUGCGCAGUUCAGCACCGUCGGUGGUUUCUACAACAACAAGCAUAGCAGUUCGCAGCAAGAAGAUGUGAACGAUUUCAAGUCCACCGCAAAGUAUCCCACAAAACUAGUCUCGCAAUACAGCAUCAUCGACAACUAUAUACCAACGACAACAGAAAGUAACUACUUCAACUACAAUAUUGUGGGAAAUCAGAAAAUUAAAGGCUAUUUCAGCACAAGCAAACCUGCAAUUUAUGAAAGCUCGUUUCAGUCGGGUACCGCUCCUCGAUAUACCACACCUUCACCACCAACUUCGAAUAUUGAUAUAGUUUCAGCGCCUAAUUUAGCGAAUUUCCACACAUCAACCACGACGAAUCUACCUAAAUAUAAUACUUUCUCGAAAUAUCCGGAAAGCCUUACGUUCGCCAACAAUUCCUCCCAGUUUCCAGAGUCCUAUCAGGUCUUCAGCAAAGUACGCACGACAACCAUCGUGCCAAGAGUAAAAACUGUCCGACCCACUACCUCAACGAUUAGUAACGCAAACGCUCCACAGCCCUCCCGAAAGCCCACUUUGUCGCUGCAAUUUAAUGUACCGGAAUUUGUGGCCAGUCUGCAAUCAUCCGAUUUGGCCAAUAUGAACCCGCAAGUGGUGAAUAUGAUCAAAUAUUUUAAGCAACUGAACGCACCAGUGUCUACACGUAGACCAGCCGUAGCGAAUGUACCAACCAGUCAGGCGAAAAGACCCAUUGAACAGUAUGAAGAGCAAAUUGAGGCAACCACUGAGCAAAAUCGGCAACGCCCUACGGUAGCAACCACUAAGCGGCCGACGAAGGGUUACGAGGACUUCCUCAAGAGCAUACCCAAUCAAGCGCACAAGUUUAAUUUGCAUAGCGUGCAACAGGCUAAGCCGUUCACAUCCACCAGUACGUACGCACCCGAUUACUAUGAUGAAUACGAAGAAGAAGAGGAACCGAUCGGUACGGAUACAGAUGAUGACAUAAUGCCGCCCUCACAAAUGCCACCAUAUAUGCCAAUGUCGGAGACCAUGGCGCCACCGCGACCACAAUUUUGGCCCCCCGCAGCCACAACGACUGUUAGCCCACACUUGAAACCCAGUUUCCAGACAGGCUACAUCGAAGCCACAACCACGCGAAGACCAUUCGGCGAUACACAAUUUCAGCAAUUCUACCAAACAGCAAACAAACAGGCCAACAAACAGAACAAUCAAAUACCGUCGUUUAUAAACUUCCCGAGCGAUAUAUUCCAAGAGAUCAAACAGCGCCUGCCACCCAAACCGCAAUUGGGUUCGACGGCACCGACUUUGACACACAACAACAAUAACAAUAUACAUUUGACGACCACCAAGCCAACCACGACGCCUACGCCUCGUACAACAACAAGUAGCACAACAACCGCAAUGACGACAACAACAACACAACGUACGCGCUACACGGUGCGUCCGAAUCGUCAUCGCGGCCAGAGUAAGUGGCAAAGCAACAGCAAUGCCAACAAGGAGCUGAACAACAUCGAACCGAACAGCAACAACGACAUCAACAAAAACAACAACAAAACCGAUUUCGGUGCACAAAACUUUCGCAAACGGCCGGCAGCCACGCCGGCGUCCUCAGCACUGGGUUCGUUGCAGUUGAACGUGAACAUGCACCUGAACAUGGCGGACGGUGGACAAAGAAGCGACACAUCAUCGCCAUCAUCACCACAAUCACAACCGCCGGCCAGUCACUAUGUACAGCAACAACGUGCGCCGACUGCCGUGAUUGUGGAGGCGAUACCAUCCAUACAAAGUCAGAAUCAGAAUCAGAAUCAGAAUCCAAAUCAAAAUCAGAAUCACAAUCAGAAUUUGGCCAAUCGUAAUUACUAUAAUACAUCGGCUUUGUUAAAUCAUGCGGGUUAUGAGUCACAAGCAAACAUACAUCAACAUCAAUUGCAUCAACAGCAACAGGCUGAACAGCAACAGCAAAUUGCGUUGCAACAUCAACAACAACAUCAGCAACAGCAACAACAACAGCAACAGCAGCAACAACAACAAGCACCGCAACAAAGCAAUCAGGAGCAAAGCUCCUACGAACAAUAUUACUCAGUUUAUGAUGAUGAUCUUGAUUUGUAUAGGGAUAUAGAGUACCAGCAGCAGCAGCAGCAGCAGCAGGAGCAACAACAACAACAGCAGCAGCAACAAUAUCAGCCACAGCAGCCAGUGCGUCAACAACCCGUACAACAAUCGACCUAUCGUCCAUUGGAAAUUCUAACAACACCCGCCCCCCAAGUGCCCCUACGAGAGACUUAUCAGCCACAAGAGAAGCCAACAUAUAACAAUCAACAGUCGUUGAUCUAUAAUACCGACUAUGACGAGGAUCUUAUUGCACAGAUCGAACAGGAUAAUGUGUAUGAUCAGCCGACCCGUCCACCAACGCGUGAGCGCGUCACCAUUGCAACAUUACCAACACCAACAACGUCACACCCAACGCGCCAGCCGGUUAACGAUGUGCGCAACGUGUACGCGCAGGCGCCGACCGCCGUUGAUGAUGCACCGUUAUAUGAAUCGGUUUACGACAACAGCGCCGAAUUGUAUGACGAUGUACCGGCGUACGAGCUGAUUACCGAUCGUGCCGUUUACGAGCAGCCACGACGCUUCACCACCUAUGCGCCGAGGUUGGUAGCCACACAAGAUGCCGACGAAUAUAAUCUAAUCGGCACGACACGCUACGAUGAGGAUUUCAAGAAAGUAUUCAACCCGACCGCCACAAAUUUCGUUGAACCGCCGACGAGUAGGGUAGUCACAACGCCAACGCGUCGUGGCAAUACCGCGACCACACUAGCGCAUCGUCGACAGCCGACAACAGCUAUAACAACAACUGCGGCGCCAAGAACAACACCACGAACAACAAUCACUUCGAGGACGAUCACAACAACGACGACGCGCACUCCACAAAUUGCGCGCACCACACAGCCAGCAACCACAACAAAGUCGAUAAGAUCUAAAACGCAUGCAAACAAAUACCAAAAGAACCAACGUUCACAAAUCAAUUCCCAACAAACCGCCGCCGUCAACACACCACCUACAUCCUCCCACACCCCAAUACAAAGAAAACCAACAACAUUACCACACACUACAACAACUAUUACACCAAUACCCCAAUCGUUUUCCAGUUCACAGUACGUCGAUUCCGACGAAACCUUUGUCACAGUUGUCGCCAAAUCCCAUAGUUACCCCAAACCCAACCCAAAUACGCAACAAAGUCAAAACCCAGCUCAAACAGCACACUCAUCACACUCCCAGUCAUCACCCGUCUAUUUACGGACAGUAGGCGACAUUGAAACCGUAUCGGACGCAAGCCAAAACGUACAGGUGCAGACGUCUGAACCCUUCAGCAGCACGGGACGCUCGCUUGAGUCAAGCACGUCUAAAUCUUCGGCUUUGAACAAUAGAUCGAAGUUUUUAGCUGCCAUCGACAAUGUGGAAGACUAUACAGAGAGGUCACGUAGUAAUACGGUGCGUGUGAUCGGCGCAAAAAAUCUCUCAAAUACUAAAUAUUCAGCUAAUGAAAAUGUUUACAAUAAUAAUAGGCAGCGGGAAGAGUAUUAUGGUAAAAACUCCAAUGAUGAACCGCAGCAACAGCGCUUAAAUAAUUUUGAAAAGCAGAAAAGUAGACUACAAAGCUAUAUUGUUUCGGAUAUUGCGCCACAGAGUUUUAAACCCGUACCAACAGUUAAAGUAGUGCCACUACCAUCUUCAGAACGCGAGCCAGUUUUAGAGCUCAUAAGUGAUGAGAGCUCCGCACCCAGCACAACCUUGCGUUAUCCCACAAAUAUAGUUUUUGAACCGAAACCUUUUAAGUAUAAUUUGCAAACCGGUUCAAAUGGUUUUAGUUUGCGCGCACAAAACGCGGACGAAACGGAAGGACCCAUCUAUGAACGUAGACCCAAUGUGGCAGCACAAAAACUUACAACAACAAGCCGAGCAAUUGUUACUCCCAUCACAAGCACGGCUGCAGCGAAUGCACCGGCGCAGAAAUCUCCCUUUUACGACUCCUCAUACGAGGAUGAUAUUGUCCCAACAACAUAUGCGCCGCCAUUGCGUAGCGCAUGGCGUCUGGGUCGUACUAGUGACAGGCCCUUGCAACAUAUCGUUUUGGAAACCGAUUUGGAGAACGAUCAUGUUUCUAGCUCAGGCAGCGAGCAAAGUGUAGUAACAGCUCUAAAGGAUACAAGUACUGCACGCCCUGCCACAAGUACCAGUACCACAACGACGAGUACAACACCACGUACUACUACAACUACUACCACCACGACUACCACCACAACCACUACGACAACUACAGCGCCUCCACCAACAACCACCUUUAUUGUCACUACUACCGAACGCGCUGCACAGAGCUACACACCGCGCACGCUUACAUUUAAAGAUAACCUAAUUAAAACCACCGGAACUCCGGCUCAACGUUUUGUCUCACCCUAUAAAAGUCUGGAAACAAUACUACAAGAAAAGGAAGAUCGUUAUACAGGUUUCAAUGGAAUUCGUAGCACGGUCAAGCCACGCUACACCAGCCCAACAACUCCUACAACAUUUACGCAGAACACCAGUGCCAAGCCGGUACGCAGCUAUUUUCUCAUCACAACACCUCAACGCAACCUCACUGAUUCCAUUCUGUCUACCGCGUCGACAGGAAUGCGUAAUUUCAGUGUAAGUGAUACAAUACUCAACACCUUUUCAAAUAUACCACCCAGAGCUUCAACGACCACAACAAGCACCACCGCAGUGCCAGUAACAGAGGCUACAACCGAGAGUACAACACCCACUACUAUGUCGACAGUCAUUGUGACUGCGCCCAUACGUGUCUCACAGGCACUUUCGUAUCAAAAUCUACUAAAACUAGAUCAUAGCUCAAUUAAUUCAGAAACCCCGCGUCCACGUGGACGCUCUAGAUAUUCUGCAGCUACAAUCAACGCAGCCGACGAGUCCACAACUUAUACGCCGCGCGGCCGUUAUUCUGGAACUAAUGGUCAAGAGUCUGUGACGACUUCACCACUGGAACCCUACCCACAAAGAAGAAAACUACAACAACGUGCGCGUAUCGUGGGAGUACAAGGUCAACGCAAUACGCUUGGAGCAAGCUCACUGAAAACUCGUGAGAAAUAUGAAAAUUAUAAGGCGGAGAAGAAACAACAGCAGGCUUCUGCAAACAUAUAUGGACAAUCGGUACAGAAGACUGUGAAACGAAAACCGAUUGAAAAUGAAUCCACCAUAGAUGAUGGUGCGCGCGCUGAAGCUUUGGUACGACAACCCAUCGACGGUAAACAAGACAACAGUAUCGAAUCCGUGGUAAGCGCAAGCUCAUCAGCCUCCACAGAGCAACAAGUUGGCGGGAUUAAGGAGCGACCACCGAAAUAUUUGUUCUCCAACAAGUAUCGACAGCAGACGAAAGAUCGUACACUGGCGGAAAGUCUACAGAAUGCUGGUUACAUCACAUCCAGCACAAGUCGCACGAGAUACGAGCCAGCUUCUGUGUUGGAACAACUGCAACUCUUCCUUGCCGGCGAUAGUGACGAAAGUAGUGCCCAACAAUUCGUGGAUGACUUUUCAGAACGCGAAAUAAGUGCUGCAGUGAAAGAGAUCAAGAACUUGUAUACCACUCCACGGGAUAAGAUCACAACAACGCCAACCACCAGCAGUACUUCGACAACUACUUCCACAACAACAACAACAUCGACGACGACAACAACUCAUAGACCACCGACCACUACCACAACAACUACGCUACGUCCGACCACUACGGCUACGCCGCCUACUGCUGCAUACCGUACAGCAACUACAACAAACUCCACACCAACCACAAGCGCAACAUUUGCGUCCAAUCGUUCCCCUACACAAAACACUUAUACACAAACCAGACACCCAUCUCCUACAACAAGAUCCACCAUCGUCAGCACAACAUCCUCUUCCCAUACGCCCACCUCCCUUGCAAAUGCCAGCAGCACGCCAGCGAACACUGUCAAGUCCCUGCUAACGCCAAUGCGUGCUUCAAGAGUCAAUAACGCCAUCAAGUCGUCGAUUGCCGCUGCCGCUUACUCCGCACCUUCUUCGCCCUCCGCUUCCAACUCCAACUCUAACUCCGCCUCGGCCUCUGCCUCUCCGGCAUCCCCGGCUGUGGGCUCCGCCAACGCGGCUAGAGGUAACAGUAUUAAGGCCAGUGCUUACGCCACGAACGCCGGUGCAGCGGUCAAGUGCUCAGACACCACAUCGAAUGCCAAGUGCAACGAAAUUCCCUCGAGAACAAAUUCGAAUAACAAUCGUAAUCGCGGUAGCUCCUCCUACGCCGGCCAGGAACGUGACACGCCCACAGCAGUGACCAGCAAUCGCGGCACACAUCCACCUCGCACACGCCCCACCUUGAAGCCGUCCGGCACGAUUGUGUCGAAGGCGCAGGAGUUCGUCGAUAUCUACAGAUAUCCACCCACGCGUCCCGAACCGCUGUACCCACAACCGACGCCGGACAAAACGGCUGCCAAGUGCCGCAAGGAUGUUUGCCUGCUGCCCGAUUGUGCCUGCGGCGGCAAGGACAUUCCCGGCGAUUUACCGGUCGAGACAGUGCCGCAAAUAGUGCUAAUCACCUUCGACGACUCAGUUAAUGAUCUGAAUAAGCAACUGUAUACCGAUCUGUUUCAAAAGGGGCGUGUCAAUCCGAAUGGUUGCCCCAUAACGGCAACAUUCUACGUAUCACACGAGUGGACUGACUACAGCCAAGUGCAAAAUUUAUAUGCCGAAGGGCAUGAGAUGGCCUCCCACACAGUAUCUCACAGCUUCGGUGAACAAUUCUCACAAAAGAAAUGGACGCGUGAGAUUGCCGGUCAACGUGAAAUUCUCGCCGCCUAUGGUGGUGUGAAACUCUCCGAUGUGCGUGGCAUGCGCGCACCGUUCCUCUCAGUCGGCGGCAACAAAAUGUACAAGAUGCUGUACGAUUCCAACUUCACCUACGACUCAUCGCUGCCGGUUUACGAGAAUCGUCCGCCAUCAUGGCCCUACACCUUCGAUUAUAAGAUCUUCCACGACUGUAUGAUACCGCCAUGCCCGACACGCAGCUACCCAGGUGUAUGGCAAGUGCCUAUGGUGAUGUGGCAGGAUUUGAAUGGUGGCCGUUGUUCGAUGGGUGACGCCUGCUCGAAUCCCAGCGAGUCCGAAGGUGUGACCAAAAUGAUUAUGAAGAACUUCGAACGACACUACCAAACAAACAGAGCACCAUUCGGUCUGUUCUAUCACGCCGCUUGGUUCACGCAACCCCACCACAAAGAGGGUUUCAUCAAAUUCUUGGACACCAUCAAUCAAAUGCCCGACGUUUGGAUUGUGACCAAUUGGCAAAUGUUGCAAUGGGUUCGUGAUCCCACACCAAUCUCGCGCAUCAAUUCCUUCCAGCCAUUCCAGUGUGAUUACUCGGAUCGUCCGAAACGUUGCAACAACCCCAAGGUCUGCAAUCUGUGGCACAAAUCCGGUGUGCGCUAUAUGAAAACAUGUCAACCCUGCCCCGACAUCUAUCCAUGGACCGGCAAAUCGGGCAUACGUUCCUCACGUAUCGACAAUGAAAUCGAAGAUUCGACAGCGUAAAUUACAAAGUGUGUGUGUGGGCUAAAGACAACCGUUAGUAGUGUAUGUGUGAGUGGAUGGUGUAUAAGUUAAGGUCAAGCAAAGCGCAGCCAAGUUAAUUGUAGUGAGUAACGCGUGCGCUAUGCUAAUUGUAAAUACCUACAAGUGUCAAAAGUAAGAAAGGAGGAAAAGCGGCAAUAAUGCAUACAUACAUACAAACCAUACAUACAACUGUAAAUGCACAAAAUAUGCAAUUCACUCGUUAGCAGCAAAAAAAAACUAAAUUUAGCAAGUAACAACAAAAAUGAGCAUAUGAAUUAUUGGCUAAAUUAAUUUGCGUGUUUUAUGAAAUAAAAAAGAAAACCUAUUUAUUUUAUUCUAAAUUUUGUCGAAAUUCUAGUAUUAAAUAUGUAUAAGUUCUAAAUGCGAAAACAAAAAGCAAAAUAUUAAAAUUAAGUGGCCACGCAUGCGCGCAAUACUAGUUGUAGUUUUUUCAUAGCAGCCCAAGCGAUUUUUCGCUACUUUCAACAUUAUAGAUUGUGCGAAAGUGCAAACGAAAACGCAAAUGGCUUUGAGCAAGAAAGAGUUUUAUAUGAAAAAGUAUACAUAUUUUAAGUUUUUUUUUUUUUAGCACGUAAGCACUGUAUGUUUAGAGCAAUUUACUAUAUUAUUAUGAUAUGUGAUAAAUGUUUGACUAUUCGAGUUGCCUCGAGCGUGUAAGUUUGAAUAGGUACAAAAGAAAAGUUGAAAAAUGGCUUUGUCGUACGAUGUUGUAGUUUUCUUAAGUUACAAGCCGAAACAAUUUCGAACAAUUUCGUAAGCUAAUUUAAGUGAAACAAUUUUUUCAUAAAACCAUCUGACCUAUUUGCCUGCUCAAUAGAAAAGAUUACAAAAUUUUCAAUUUCAUAGCUUGAUAAACAUAUAAAACUAAUUAUUAUUAUUAUUUUUUUUUUUUUUGUACCGGUUAUCACCGUGCACAUAAUUGUUUCCUGAUUCAUACACAUAAACGCAUGUCGGUCAGAAAGCAUAUUUUUUAAUAUUAUUAUUAUUUUUGUAAAAUUUUGAGUUUAGCGUGCUUGCACUUUUCUAUGCUGGUUGACUACGUUCUAUAGCAAUUAUAAUAACACAUAAUUGCUAAUAGUUUUCCAUAAAUAUUAUAGGCAGCAAACGAUUUUUAAAAUUUUCCAUACUUUAACUUCAGCAAAAUUUGUAAAAAUUAAAUUAUUUCGAUUUUUUAGAGCACUCGUCUUGCUUUAAUAGCAUAGAAUAUACCACACAUCAUAAAUAAAUAGCUAUCAUAUAAUAUUUACCUACACAUAUAUAUAUGUAUAUUGUACCUCGUAAGCCUAGCAUAACACAAAUUCACUACAUUUUUCUAUUUUAUAGCAAUUUUUCAUUUAAAAUAUUAUUAGAAGCAUUAAACAAACACAUAAAUAGCAAAAAGUAAGUUUAUAUGUUGUUGAAAAUAAAUAAAUUUUGCACUAGAUGAGAUAACAAACAAACUAUAAAUAUAUAUAAACUAGAAAUAAAUGAUGAAAAAAUUAAUUUUAAUAAUAAUUAAUAAUUUUUGUGUUAAAUUUUUUAAUAUUCUUUAAAUUCUAAAUUAUUUUGCGCAUUAUAUACUUUUUUGUUUCAAAAUUUUUAUUAUAAUCAGCAAAAAAAAGGUUAUUAAAAUCACUUAUGUUCACUGUGACUAUUUAAUGCAUGACAAAAUUAAAAAUAAAAAGAAAUUUAAUUCAUGAGAGAAUAAAAAAAAAAUUGAGAAAACUAAAUUAGUGCACUGAAAAUUUUUUAGCUUAAUUAAUUUUGAAAAAUCAUAAAGUUCAUAUAAUAAUUUAAUAACCAUCAUAAAGUAGCACUAGUAAACAACAACACUAUUUUUUUUAUUUUUUAUAUAAGUAUAUAUUGUUGUUGCCACACUGCCGCUAUUGUAAUAUAGUAUUAAAUAAUAAAAUAUAAACGCAUAAUAUAAAUUAAUUAGAAGUAAAUAAUCACAUAAAUGUAUUUAUACUUUUCCCUAUGUAACUAAUAAUGUGUAAAAAUAAUUAAGUAACUUGAAAGGUAAAUUGUAAUUUUCAACAAAACUAAAUCCAAUUGACAUCGAAAGUAUUAAGUGUUUUAAGAUUGCAUCAAAAAAGUGCAUUAUUGGAGUUAAGAAAUUAAACACACACGAAUACAUGCACACAUAUUAAACUAGAAAAUUCAAAAUAUAUAGCAUAUUUUUAAUUAUACGAUAUGUAUAGUCAAUAAGCAUUUCAAACUGUCAUUUCAAAUUCCAUAUAACGAGUGAAUCAAAUAUUUUGUGCUAACGACACGUUGAACGAAUCGAAUCAAUGAAUAUUACAAAUAAAGAAAACAUUAUGUUUAUACAA